CGUUCGUGCGUGUGCGCAUGCGUGCGUGUGUGUCAGUAACUGUUGAACCACAGCUAACUUUGUGGAGGUGUUGAAGUCACUGCUCAGACUGCUGGAUCAUUUUCACGGUUUAACAGAUUCAUACGAGGAAACCUGAGCAAAAUAACGCUUCUUCUGUGUGAAUGUAACGUGUGCCAGAGGAAAUGGUCGAAAAAAUCUAAGCUUAUGUGAUGUCAGAGCUACCAUCCGGACUGCUGGAGGUGUGUGUGGUAGUUGGAGCCUCCAGUGAUAAGCUUCGAGACAUAUACCAGCUUCAUCAGCAGAGUAAGUUAGAUGAAUUCCCUGUGCUGGAAGCUGAGGUACUGCAGGUCCAUGCCCCGCCCUUUGUUUCCAAGGAGACUAACUCGAGCCAGGCGAUUGCGCCGGCCUUCAGUCGUGUCCAGAGGAGGAGGAGUUUUAUAAAGAAGAAGAGGCGAGAUCGUGCUGCAGAGGUUCUAUCUAAUGGAGAAUCAACCAAUCGUACUGAAGUAUCCUCAGUUACAGAAGACAUCAGUGUUCCAAAGGAUCUGGACCUCAUUGCUUUGCCGCAGCUCUGUUUCCCUGGUGGUCUCCAGUUGGCCAAUGAGCAGAGAGAAGACAGUUAUCACUUCCUGGUUUUCACUGACCUAUUUGGGAACCGAACCCAUGGAGUUGUUGUGCAGUACUACAGAGCAGUACAGUCCUGUCAGGAAGGCUCCAUCCAGAAUGGCCACAGGUGGAAUUCAUCAAAGUCUCGUCUUUAUACACCCUUUGCUUUGUGUGUGAUCUCCAAGUUCCCGUACUACAACGCUCUGAGAGACUGCUUGUCAUGUCUCCUGGUCCAGCUGCGUCCUGCAAGACAAGCUGACUUUGAGGAGACCAUCAAAGAAUUUUCAGCCAAGCUUUCGCUGGUCCCUCUACCACCUCCUGGACAGCUACAUGUGUCAUUUACUCUCCGUCCUCUCCAAGUGGUUCUUCCAUCGAGGGAGGAUCAGGACAGCCCUGUUAUCGACAUUGACCUGCAUUUACCAUUUCUCCGUUUCAGCCAUACAACACUACUCCAGGUGCUGUCGUGCCUCCUUCAGGAGCAGAGGCUGGUUUUAUUUUCCGCUGACUGGGCCAGACUCACUCUGGUCGCAGAGAGUUUGCUGCUGUACCUGCAGCCUCUGUCCUGGCAGCAGCCCUAUGUUCCCAUCCUGGCUCAAGGAAUGCUCGACUUUCUCAUGGCUCCUACAGCCUUCCUCAUGGGCUGUCACGUCAGUCAUUUCGAGGAGGUGGCUGCAGAGACAGAAGAGCUAAUCCUGGUGAACAUUGAUGAUGGCAUCAUUCAAUUGUCGUGGUCUGAAACCAUGGAUCUACCAUCUAUUCCUCUGGCAGCAGCUGAGAGCUUUACGUCAAGGGCAGAGUGUCUUCAGCUUCACUAUGACUUGGAGCUGUGUCACCUCGGAGCAGGCACAGAUGCCAAUGCCCUGCGAUCCCAACGCAGAGACUGGCAGGCACGCCUCAACAAACAAAUACAGAACAUCACCCUGGAACUAGGGGUCAACAUAUUCAGAGGUGUUCAGGACUUUCUAAACCAUGAACACAGAGUUUUUAACAGUGAGGAGUUUCUGAGGACCAGGGAGCCAGCAGACCAGUCCUUUUACAAGAAGGUAUUAGACACUCAUAUCUUCCACUCAUUCCUGCGAGACAGGCUGAACAGGAAACGGGACACCUUCAGCCUCAUGGAGCAAAACACAAGAAACCAUGCACACAGGAAUCGAGUGAUGACAGAGUCUCCUCGGCGUCCUCCCAUGUCUGAGCUCUCCAGGACUGGUUACAGCAGCUACACCAGUCCUGAUAACAGACUGAGCAAGCGGCUGGGAGCCAGCCUACCUAACCUGGAACAACCUGCCAAUGACACUUUACCUACCAUCAGGUCCAACAGACCAGCCUCCCUCAGGAAGAUGACUCCCGAUUCUGACUUAAAGUUUCCUCAGAAGGCUGCGAAGGUUUUCCGCCUCCCAGAGUUCCCCCCUCCGCUGGCCUAUCAUUACGUCCAGAACUAUUAUUCCGAAAUGGUUGCUUCCCUGGGGAAGUCUAUUAAUGCGACACCACCAGACGAGUCUGCUCUGCUGGCCAGGUAUCACUACCUGCGUGGUUUGGUGAACACGGUGUCUAACAGGCGCCUGGAUGCACUGGAGGACUUCCAGAGUCUUUAUAAGACUGACUCAGAGAUCUUCCCCUCCCAGAUGGUGAAGUCAUUGGUUGACUCUCUGCCAGAGGCUGAACGGUUACAGGCGGACAGACGGCAGGAAAUUAAACGUCUUAUCAGUCGGGUCAAGUGGGACCAGGAGCGGGAACGUGCGUGCCAUGGCAACGGGCACGAGGACGGUGCAGUGAAGCGCUUCCAGCUGCCGAAAAAGUACAUGCAGCUGGAGGAGUUUGUGAAAUGUGUCCAGGAGUCCGGCAUAGUAAAAGAUCAAGGAACCAUACACAGACUCUUUGAUGCCCUCACAGUUGGUCAUCAGAAGCAGGUUGGUCCAGAUUUGUUUCGAGUGUUUUACACCAUCUGGAAGGAGACUGAGGCCGAGGCCCAGGAGGUGUGCUUGCCUGCGUCUGUCUUGGAGCACAUUGAGCCCAGCGAGUGCGUCUUCAAGCUGUCCUCCUCUGUGAAGACGAGCCGCGGCGUGGGGAAGAUCGCCAUGACUCAACGACGGCUUUUCCUGCUGACCGAUGGACGGCCGGGAUAUGUGGAGGUGGCACAAUAUCGCGAUUUAGAGGAGGUGAAAAUGUCCUCCACUCCCUUCCUGCUGCUGCGAAUCCCCAGCCUGAAGCUGCGAGUGUGGGGAAGAAAGGAGACGUUCGAGGCCAAUUUGAAAACGGAGACUGAGCUAUGGAACCUGAUGGUCAAAGAGAUGUGGGCCGGGCGCAACAUGGCAGACCAACACAAGGACCCCCAGUACAUGCAGCAGGCUCUGACCAAUGCCUUGUUAAUGGACGCAGUGGUUGGCAGCCUCCAGAACAGUAAAGCCAUCUAUGCUGCUUCCAAGUUAGCUCACUUUGACCGCAUCAAGAUGGAAGUGCCCAUGAUGGUUCCCAAGACUACCGCAGACACGCUUAAGCACAAAAUUAACCCUUCGCUGGAAAUGGCUACACCUCAGGCUGUAGAUGUACUUCUAUACACACCAGGUCAGUUAUGGGUGUCUGUGAGCGGGGGGAAGGUGAUGGUGUUUGAUGCCUCCAGCUGGUCCCUCACACACACCUGUCAAGUUGGGAAUGCAAGACUGAACUGCAUGCUGGGUGUUGAUAAGGACCAGGUCUGGAUGGGCUCAGAGGACUCAGUGAUCUACAUCAUCAGCAUGGUGGCCAUGGUCUGUAACAGACAGCUGACCGAACACAGGGCGGAGGUCACCGGACUGGCACUAGACACUGACAAAUACAGCCAGAAGGUGGCGUACUCCUGCAGCGCAGAGGGAAGCGUCAUGGUGUGGGACAUCUCAACACUACAGGUAAAGAGGCAGUUCCGUCUCUCCUGCGACCGCCUGCAGUCUGUGUCCACCUGUAACGGAACGCUGUGGUGCUGCUCUAGGGAAAAUAUCAUGGAAGUGUGGAGAAACGGUUCAGUGAAACAACGUCUGAAUUUACCAGAGCAACAAAAAGGAUCCGCAGCUACGUUCAGUUCUAUUCUGCUGUUACCGGAGAGGGAGGAGCUGUGGAGUGUUUGUGUGGACUCAGGAGAAGUGUGUGUUUGGCACAUUAAGGACACUACAAAACCAUUUCACCGGGUGUCUCUGCAGGACUGCAGCGGGUGUUACUGCAUGAUCAAAGUUAAAAACCAGGUGUGGGUUGGUGGUGUUGGCCGCAGUUCUACCAAAGGGAAGAUUUACAUCCUGGACACAGAGCGCCAUCAGGUUCUGAAGGAGCUUCAUGGCCACAACGACAAGGUGAAGUCACUCUGCUCUGCUGAGGAUCGGUACGUGCUCAGCGGAGCUGGCAAACACGAUGGAAAGAUCGCCAUCUGGAAGGUGGAGUAGUGCAGUUGACUGGAAGUGAGCCAUUUUUUUUGGAUUUUUUUGGAAGUUGGAUUGUUCGAACAUAAUGAAGCUACUCUAAAUCUUCACCUGAACUAGAAAAAAAAACCUGAGGCUGAGAUCUGGGGAACGAAGAGAGAAUUUGUUUUUUAAUGGAGCAAGAAGAGAUGGAUGAAAAUCAAAACCUCUACUUGUCUUUUCAAUCUCGGCGAUAUGAAGGAAUCACAAGUCAGUCGUGUGGAGCGACACGUUUACAUAAAGCGUCACUGUCUGAGCAGCCUCUCCCUCCUGCACACAGUGAUAUGCAAACAAAAACCUAACAGCACUAACACAUUUUUUAAAAGUUCUAUGAAGGACAAAUGAAGACUGAAAGAAAGGUGCACGAUUUGCUUAAUGUUUCUUUAAUCCGAAGUUCCAUGCUUCGCUGAAGGUUUAUGUUUUUUCUCAUAUUUUUAUACCGUGCAGUAUUUAAUGCCCAACCCUGUUUAUGAGGUUUGAUCACACUAGUAUUAUGUGGGAUCAUUUUGUGACUGAGCCUUGCCUCCAGCUGUGAGUCUGAUGUGAGCUCCUGCAGCUCAAAGGAGUCAAACUACCCUGAAAACAAAAACUGCUGUGAUUUCAGCUGCAUUGUGGGAAAGGCACUGAAAUUGUUUGGAUGGGAGUUAUGCAAUAUUGGACAAUGUACAGUUGACAUGAAACAUAAUGGAAACUGAAAGACUCAAAGAUGUUUAAGAGCAUCUCAAAAGGAACAAGUUAUGUCCUGAAAGUGGAAACUGAUAGAAACUCAGAAAAUAGAGUCAUUUUACAGUGAACUGCUCGUAUUGUACCUCAUAACUUUACUUCAAAGUUUCUACAGUUGUCUCUUUGUUCCUACAGCAUUUCUUUCAUCUGUUUUUUUUUCUGGUUUAUAACACAGUAUGUUAAAAUGUCUUGUGCAAAGAUUGACAGAAGAAGUGACAGUCCUAGCUGAGAAAGUCAACCAACAAAAAGUAAAAUCAAAAAGAAAAAAACGCAUAUCCAUCCAUCCAUUAUCUUAAACACUUUUCCUGUUCUGGGUCGCGGGGGGCUGGAGCCGAUCCCAGCUGUCAUUGGGCGAGAGGCGGGGGUACAUCCUGAACUGUUAGCCAAUCACAGGGCUGACAUAUAGAGACAGACAACCAGCCACACUCACAUUCACACCUACCAGCAAGUUAGAGUCACCAAUUGACCAAACCAGCAUCUCUUUGGACUGUGGGAGGAAGACAGAGAACCAGGGGAGAACCCACACAUGCACGGGGAGAACAUGCAGACUCCACACAGAAAUGCUGCCGUCAGAUUUGAAGCAGGAACCUCCUCGCUGUGAGGCACGCAAAUAAGAAAUGUAUUUAUUUAUCAUUUUAAGUCAAAAGAGUUGGAUGAAAGUAGUCUGUUAUUGCUUAAAUGUAUCUAUAAUAUGUCAUUAUUUUAUAUAAGGACUUCUAUUAACUCAGACUAAAGUCUUUUAUUUAACUUUUUCUAUCUUUUAAAGCGUUUUUUUCUCCUCAGAGACUCUUGAAUGAUGAAGCAGGCAUUCCAUUUUUUUUUAGAAGAAUUACAAGUUGCAUCAAAGAGAUUUAUUCAAAGGUUCAACUUAUCGUUCACUAUUUAUUUACCAACUGUACAGAGCAUGACCAUCAAAUCUGUUCAUUUUUUAAUCUAAACCUCUCAACCUUGUAUGUAUUGUUUUUUUUAUGCAACCUUUUCUGUACUUACUUUUUAAGAAUUUAUGUUAAACUUGAUAAAAUCACCAAGACUGCGAACAGUAUUUUUCUGAUAUUAAACCAAGAGUGAACACAGCA